AUGGACCCUCGUUACCACCGCACGCCUUCGCCAGGCCAGCCUCUUCAACAUGGCUACCAGCUGGAGGACAACCCGUUCAACGGCCAAUACGCCGCCAACCAGCCGUCUCAGCAACACCUGGACGACCCCUACGCGAGGCAACAACACCUCGAUGCUCCCCUUCCCCCGCCUGGCCGCUUCGGCACACCAAGCGACAACCUUCAACUUAACGCAGCACACUCAAUCGAUAACUUGAGCGGUUACGACUCAAGGAGCCACCAGGGCGACUACGGUGUGAACCCGGAGGCGCAUCACGAUGCCUACUACAACCAGCCAUACCAACCCUCUCCUCAAGACCCGAAUAUGCCCUACGACCAGCCCACCGGCUACAGCGAGUAUGAUGACCACAGGCCGAUGCUUGCUCACCAAGACAGCUCGCCUCAGGACCCGUACUCAGACGCUCCCACUCCCCAGCCAGCCGGCGGCAUCAAGAGGUGGAAGACGGUCAAGCAGGUCCUCCUGUACCGCGGAAACUUGGUUCUCGACUGCCCCGUGCCCCCAAGACUUCUAAACCAGCUUCCCCACGGCGAGCGCGAUGAGUUCACCCACAUGCGCUACUCUGCCGCCACUUGCGAUCCCAACUACUUCUACGACGACAACUUCACGCUCAGACAGAAGCUGUUCUCUAAGCCCAGACAUACUGAACUUUUCAUCGUCGUUACCAUGUACAACGAAGACGAGAUUCUGUUCGCGCGGACAAUGAUUGGUGUGUUUAAGAACAUUGAGUACAUGUGCAAUCGGAAGGAGAGCAAGACGUGGGGCAAGGAUGCCUGGAAGAAGAUUGUCGUCUGUGUCGUCAGCGACGGUCGUGCCAAGAUCAACCCGCGAACAAGAGCACUGCUGGCCGGUAUGGGCGUGUACCAGGAGGGUAUCGCAAAGCAACAGGUCAACAGCAAGGAUGUCACCGCCCACAUUUACGAAUACACGACCCAGGUCGGCAUGACGAUCAAGAACGACGUUGUCUCCUUGGUUCCUAAGCAGCAGCCCGUUCAGAUGCUGUUCUGCUUGAAGGAGAAGAACCAGAAGAAGAUCAACUCACACAGAUGGUUCUUCCAAGCGUUCGGCCGUGUCCUGGAUCCCAACAUUUGCGUGCUCAUCGACGCUGGUACCAAGCCAGGUGGAAACUCCAUCUACCACCUCUGGAAGGCGUUCGACCUCGAGCCAAUGUGCGCCGGCGCUUGCGGUGAGAUCAAAGCUAUGUUGGGUACGGGCGGAAAACACCUUCUCAACCCCCUUGUUGCGACCCAGAACUUCGAGUAUAAGAUGAGCAACAUUCUCGACAAGCCCCUCGAAUCCGCUUUCGGCUUCAUUUCCGUCUUGCCUGGUGCUUUCUCCGCCUACCGAUACGUCGCUCUCCAAAACGACAAGAACGGUCAGGGUCCGCUAGAGAAGUACUUCGCUGGUGAGAAGCUCGAGGGUGCGGGCGCCGGUAUCUUCACGUCCAACAUGUACCUCGCCGAAGAUCGUAUUCUCUGCUUCGAGCUUGUGACGAAACGCAACUGCCAUUGGAUUCUGCAGUACGUCAAGUCCGCUACUGGCGAGACUGAUGUUCCCGACACCGUCACGGAAUUGGUUCUCCAGCGUCGUCGUUGGUUGAACGGUUCGUUCUUCGCUGCCAUCUACGCUAUUGCUCACUUCUACGAAUUCUUCCGGUCUGAUCACUCCUUCCUGCGCAAGAUUAUGUUCUUCAUCGAGUUCGUCUUCAACACGAUCAACAUGAUUUUCGCCUGGUUUGCCAUUGGUAACUUCUUCCUGGUCUUCAAGAUUCUUACGACGAGUCUGGGCGACGAUGACUUGCUUGGUAGGACAGGCGAGAUUCUUGGCGUCGUCUUCACUUGGCUCUACGGUAUUUCUCUGAUCACUUGUUUCGUUCUUUCCAUGGGUAAUCGUCCAUCGGGUUCCGGGCCGUACUACAUCACGAUGGUUUACUUCUGGGCAUUUAUUAUGAUCUACUUGCUCUUUGCAGCCGUCUUCAUUGCCGUCAAGGCCAUUCUGAAGGAUGUCAACGAUUCCACCGGCUUCAGCAUUAACGAACUCUUCUCGAAUCCUGUCUUCUACACCCUGAUCAUCUCCGUCAUGUCGACCUACGGUAUCUGGUUCAUCGCUUCGAUCCUCAUGUUCGACCCCUGGCACAUGUUCACGUCGUUCGUCCAGUAUAUGCUCCUGACGCCUACGUACACGAACAUUCUCAACGUCUACGCCUUCUGCAACACUCACGACAUUUCCUGGGGUACCAAGGGUGAUGACAAGGCCGAGAAGCUACCGACCGUCAGCACCAAGGAUGGCUCCGGAAAGACAGACCUUCCCGAUGAGGCCGACCUCAACGCCCAGUACGAGCGUGAAUUGGGUGUCUUCGGCACUAAGUACGUGGCGGAGGUCAAGGCUCCUACGGAAGCGCAAAAGGCUGAGGCUCAGAUGGACUACUACCGUGGCGUUCGUUCCGUUGUCGUGCUUGCCUGGAUGAUUUCCAACUUCGGUCUGGCCGCCGUCGUCCUCAGCGCUGCAGGCUUGGAGCGCAUUAGCCCUGACUCCAACAGCACGACGGACGAGAACGGCCGCGCCAACAUCUACAUGUCUGUCGUCUUGUGGUCUGUCGCAGGCCUAUCAGCCUUCAAGUUCAUCGGCGCCAUGUGGUUCCUCGUCGUCCGCAUGUUCAGAGGUGUCUAA